GAGCGGCCUUCCUGAAUCGGGCGUGUUGUGCCGGUUGUCGAUUCCAGCGGCAAUGUCCGGCAGGGGAGGAGGCAGGUUCGCCAAUUCCAGGGCAGGAUUUCAACCUGCACUGAAAGAAGAACCUGUACCAGCAGGUUUAAUUAAAGCGGCAAGGAAGAGUGGACAGCUGAACCUAUCCAACAGAGACUUGAGUGAGGUGCCCCAGAGUGUAUGGCGGAUAAAUGUGGACCCACCAGAGGAUUGUCAUUUGAAUGUCUCAUUUAAUGCAAGUGAUCGGUGGUGGGAUCAGACAGACUUAACUAAACUUAUCCUGGCUUCCAACAAACUGGAGUUCUUGUCAGAAGAGAUUCAGCUUCUACCAGCCCUCACAGUACUUGAUGUCCAUGACAAUCAGCUGACUUCUCUUCCUCAAGCAAUUGGACAGUUGCUGAAUCUCCAGAAGCUCAAUGUCAGCCACAAUAAACUAACAGAACUGCCCGAUGAACUUUGGAAUUUAAGGACUUUGAAAAAUCUGCAACUACAAAAUAACGAAUUGGAAAGGAUACCAGAUGGUAUAGAUCACCUUGUUCAUUUGGAAGACCUGGAUAUAUCUAAUAAUCGACUUUCCACAAUUCCAAGUGCGCUUGGUGAGCUGGCAGGUCUACUGCGAUUUAAUCUGGCUUCUAACAAGGUGAAGAGCAUACCGCCAGACAUCAGCAAAAUGAGAAGUUUAAAGUAUCUGGAUGCAACUCAUAAUGAACUGGAAUGUGUCCCUCCAGAAUUAGCAGGCAUGGUUUCAUUGGAACAGCUGUAUUUGAGGCAUAAUAAGCUUCGCCACCUACCGGAGUUUCCAUCUUGUAAAUAUCUGAAGGAACUGCAUGUUGGAAAUAACCAGAUUGAGUAUUUGGGGCCAGACCACCUGAGACCUUUAAGUGCUAUCAGUACAUUGGAGCUCCGUGACAACAAACUGAAAUCAUUGCCAGAUGAAAUUCUUCUGCUUCAAGGCCUAGAGCGACUGGACCUCACAAAUAAUGAUAUUAGCAGCUUGCCGUAUAAGCUGGGGAAUCUUCCGAAGUUGAAGUCUCUGUUGCUGGAGGGCAAUCCACUGCGUUCUAUUCGUAGAGACAUUAUUAAUAGAGGAACACAAGAACUUCUCAAAUACUUGAGGAGUAGAAUUGAAGCUAACGAAGGUGACAAUGGUCCAGCAACAGCUAUGACAUUUCCAAGUGAGUCUAAGCCCACUGUGUACAGCCUAGGAUCACACAAGGUUUUAGAAUACUGUAACCAGAAGGCCGCUGUUGUUCCUGAUGACGUAUUUGAUGCCGCUAAUGGAACUCUCAUUGCUACUGUGAACUUGAGUAAGAACUUGUUGACUGGAGUCCCUCCUAGGAUUGCAGAGCUUAAAGCCACAGUGACCGAUGUAAAUCUUGGUUUCAACAAGCUUGUUUCCAUUUCUUUGGAGCUUUGCACACUGGAGCACUUGGUACAUCUGGAUCUUAGAAAUAACAUUUUGACUUCAUUACCGAUGGAAAUGAAAAAGCUACAACAAUUACAAACUGUAAUCCUUUCAUUUAACAGGUUUAAAGAAUUCCCUGAUGUGCUAUACAGUAUUCCAGCACUGGAAACUAUACUGAUCAGCAACAAUCAGGUUGGGGCAAUUAAUUCUAGCCAGUUGCUGCAACUUGACAAACUAUCUACACUGGAUAUGCAAAACAAUGACCUAAUGCAUGUCCCACCAGAAUUGGGGAAAUGCAGAAACCUAAGAACUCUGCUACUUGAAGGAAAUCCAUUUCGUAAUCCGAGGGCAGCUAUUUUAGCAAGAGGAACAAAUGCAGUCUUGGAAUAUCUUAGGAGUCGCAUUCCUACAUAAAUCUGUGUCUUAGAGAAUAAGAUUUUUCUCAAGGUGUUCGAUUAUGGGUUCUGUUGAUAAAGUUGGCUUAAUGCUAUAGCUUAAUAUUUUCUGUGAUUUAUUUGAAUAAGUUUUAUUAUAUUUUACUUGUUUCAGAGGCUUCUUGUAUCUUUGAUUAUUUCAAUUUAUAUUUAUAUUGUACUGGGUUGGAAUUCUUUGAAAUGCAUUAAAGCUUACUUAGCUUGGA